AUGAUCACUGUAAGAGAUGAAGAGAGUUUGGAAGCAGUGAACAAGCCAUUAGAGCACUCUCAAGGUGUUCCAAAAGAGAAACAAGAAGAGAGGGACCAAGAAACUGAUUCCACACAAAGACAGGAGCUAAAGGAGAAGGAGGUUCUGAACCCAUAUGCACCCAAGGCACCUUUUCCCCAGAGACUCAAGGGUGGUGCAAAGGAAAAAUCAUACUCGAGGUUCCUAGACAUCUUUGCAUCUCUCCAUGUAAACAUAUCAUUCAUCGAGGCUCUCCAACAGAUGCCCUCAUAUAUCAAGUGCGUGAAGGAGCUGUUAACCAAGAAGAAUCCUCUGAAGGGUGGACAAACUAUAGUGAUGAAUAAAGAGUGCAGUGCCCUCAAUCAAAAGGAUCUGCCUACAAAAAAGAAAGACCUAGGGAUUUUUCACAUCCCUUGUGCUAUAGGAGAAACAAUGAUUGAUAGGGGACUUUGUAAUCUGGGAGCAAGGAACAACUUAAUGCCUCUAUCCCUCAUGAAGAAGCUACAAAUUAAUGAGCUAACACCCACAGAUUUGAUCCUUCAACUAGAUGACAAAACUCAAAAACAAGCAAUAGGAGUGGUCGAAAAUGUGCUGGUAAAGGUGGGAAUUACUUCAUCCCCAUAG